AUGGAAAAAGUUGAAAUAUCAUUUGAUUUGAAGGAAUCUAACUUAAAGAAAUCUACAGAGAUAGUUAAUAAAAAAAAAAUAAAAAAUGGAGUAUCUUUUUUAAAUCUUUUUGAUUUUACAAAAAAAAGAGAUACAUUUUUACUUUUUUUCGCAUGUAUUAUAUCAUUUAUCAAUGGACUAUUUGCUCCGUGUAUGACAUUUCUUUUAGGAAGACUUUUUCAUGUUUUUUCUUUAAUAUCAUUAAAAGAAAUUACAGAAAAAGAAUUCAGAAAUCAAGUAAACCAUUAUAUACUUUUAUUUGCAAUUCUGGCAGUUGUUUCUUUUAUUGGUGGGUGGUUGUUUCAAACAUUAUGGUACAUUUUCGCUGAAAUUCAGAUCAUACGCGUUAAUAAACAACUAUUCCAUAACUUUGCAUCUAAAGAAAUUAAAUGGUAUGAUCUUCGUUAUGGGGGAAUUGCAGGUAUUAUUAACCGUUGUGAGAGGAAUAUUGGAAAUUUUCAUUAUACACUUUCAAAUACACUAGGAAAAAUUUUGUCGUCUAUUAUUACAUUCUCUGUUUCAUUAUUUCUUGCUUUUUGGUAUUCUUGGAAAUUAACAUUUGUAAUUUUAGUUUCUCUUCCUAUUAUUAUUUUAAUUGCAGGUAUUACAUCUUAUUUCAUUCAGCCAUAUAUCUCUCGUGAAAAAGAAACUAUAUCUCAAGCAGCAGCGCUUGUUGAUCAAGCAGUUGUAAAUAUACCUAUCGUUAAAAUAUUUAAUGGUCAAUAUUAUGAAUCUCAGAAAUUCAACAAAUGUAUAUUAAAAUCAAGUCAUAUUGUAUAUUGCUGGAAAAGAAUCUAUGCUUUACAACAAAGUCUUGUUAGGUUUUUUAUUUUAGCUAUGUUUGUACAAGGGUUUUGGUAUGGUUCGUAUUUAAUUAUUAAAAAAGAAAUAUCUACUGGAAAUGUAUUGACCGUUUUUUGGGCAUGUCUUAUGGUAUCUUUUUCAAUACAGACGAUUGUUCAACAUUUAGUUUUUAUUGAUCAAGGAAAAAUUUCAAGUGCUGAUUUACAAAACUUGUUUAAAGAUGAAAAAACACAAAAAAAAGACAACAAGCUAUCUAGUCAUUUUUCCCCAGAAAAAUGCGAUGGAAACAUAACAUAUGAUUCAGUUUCAUUUGCUUAUCCAUCAAGACCUGAAAAAAUAAUAUUAAAAAAUGUUUCUUUGUUUUUUCCUGCUGGGAAAACUACGUUUGUUGUUGGCGCUAGCGGAUCAGGAAAAAGCACUCUUGCAGCUUUACUAAUUAGAAUAUAUGAAAUAAAUAACGGCUCUAUUUAUAUAGACAACAAAAAUAUUGAAUUAUUAGAUAUAAAUUGGAUACGAAAUAAUGUAACUUUAGUACAACAACCAGUAAUUUUUAAUGAGAGUUUGAAAUUAAAUAUAACCAUUGGCAAAUCUUCUCCUACUUCAGUAGAUAUUUCUGAAAUUAAAAAUGCUUCUAGAAUGGCUAUGUUAGAAGAGAUAAUCUUUGAACUUUCUGAUGGAUAUGACACUAAACUUGGAACAAAUGGUUUAUCAUUAAGUAGUGGACAAAUGCAGCGUGUAGCAAUGGCUCGCGCAAGAUUAAGAGAUACUUCUAUUUUGAUUCUUGAUGAGUCAACUAGUUCUCUUGAUUAUAUUAAUCGUUCUCUAAUCUAUGAUGCUGUAAAAUUUUGGCGCAAGAACAAAACAACUAUUAUUAUUACUCAUGAUAUAAGUCAAAUAGAAGAUUCAGAUUACGUAUAUGUUAUAGAUGAUGGAUCUUUAGUCCAAAAGGGACUUAAAAAGACUCUUUUAGAAGACAAGAAUGGAUUAUUUUUUAAUAUUCAUCUAGAAAAUGAAAAAACUAAAAAUUCGCUUUCUUCUCAAAAAAAAGAAGAUAUUUCUUCUAAAAACGAAUCAAAUAAUUCUUUAGUUGAGUCUUCUUUUAACAAUAAACCACAUAUAAAAUCAGCUGCUUUUAAUUUUUUAAAAACAAAUCUAAGUAUCGAAACACUUUUAUUAAAUUCUGCAAAUGUUAUAGUCGAAAAUCGUAAAAACACUACUAAUAUUCGAACUUUACUUUCUUCAAAUAUGAACCAUUCAAAAAUUUCAAAAAAAUUUAAUUUUCGAAAAAAAUAUUUCCUGUUAAAUAUAUCAUUAUGGAAUUUAUUAAGAAACAAUUGGAAAUAUGUUAAUAAAAAGAUCUUUCUUGUCCUAGGAUUAUUUUUUUGUUUGGGAAAUGGUAUAGCUACUCCUCUUUUUUCAUAUGCAUUAUCUAAACUCCUUGCAUUAUUUUUUUCUCCAAAAAAUGCAUCUGAAAUUACAAAAAAAUCAUUAAAAUCAUCAUUAUUUGUUCUAGGUGUUUCAUUUCUUGAUUCAUUAACACUCUAUUUAAAAAUAUUUUUUUUUCAACUUUCUUCUGAUUAUAUGGUAACUAAUAUUCGCUCAAAAUUAUAUAAAAAUGUCUUGUUCCAAGAUAUGUUUUACUUUUCUGAAAAAGAAUGCUCUAGUAAAAACAUUACAAGAAUCAUAAUUAAUGAAACUGAAUUAAUAAGAUCCAUUUUUGAAGGAAUAGCAGGAAACAUCUUAAUUGCUAUUGUUAUGGCAUCUUUAGGAAUUAUAUGGUCAUUUUUUAUUGCAUGGAAGUUAACUAUUAUAACAGUUGGUAUGUUACCAUUCUUGUAUAUUUCAAUUCAAUAUUAUUCUUAUAUAAAUAAUAUAUGGGAACAAAAAUAUAAAGAAGAAAAUAUUAAUGCUUCAUCUAUAUUAUAUGAGUUUACAGAGAAUACAUUUACGAUUAAAGCUUUAUUACUUAAUGAUUUUUUUGAACAGAAAUACAUGUUAUCAAUAAAAAAAGUUUUUAUGAAAGGAAUUAGAAGAGCUAUUUAUAUUGGGUUUGGUUAUGGAUUCAUGGAGUGUAGUAUAUUUUCUUUUAAAACAUUAUUAUUUUUCUAUGGUUCAAAAUUUAUUUUGAAAAAAAUAUAUACACCGAUUGACAUUUUAACAGUAUUUUCUUUAAUCAUAUUUUCAAUUAUUACUGCAUCUCAAUUUUUGUCAAUGAUUCCUCAUUAUAAUAAAAUUAAACAAGCCUCUGACGAUAUUAAUUCUUUAUUUAAUGUAUCAGGAAAAACUACUGAAAAUGAGGGAUCAUUAACUGUUCCUUUAAAUGGAGAGAUUAUUUUCAAAAACGUAACAUUUUCUUAUCCUGGACAUUGUAAUGAAGUAUUACAAAAUAUAGAUUUGAAAAUAGAAAAUUACGAAAAAAUCGUAUUAACAGGUUUAUCUGGAUCUGGAAAGUCUACAAUGAUUUCAUUAAUUCAAAAAUUAUAUCAAGUCCAAAAAGGUAUUAUCACGAUAAAUGGAUACAAUAUAUCGUCUAUUGAGACUAAAUGGCUAAGAAAUCAUAUUGCAGUCGUAAGGCAAACUCCAAUGUUAUUUAAUAUGACUAUUGAGCAAAAUAUUGCAUAUGGUUUAGAUUCAUUUAAUAGAUCACAUGUUCAAAAAGCAGCUCAGAAAGCAAAUAUACAUGAUUUUAUCAUGAAAUUAACUGAUGGAUAUGAUACAAUGUUAGGUGAUUAUGGAAAAGGGUUAUCUACUGGACAAGCUCAACGGAUUUCUCUUGCCAGAGCAUUUAUUAGAAAUCCAAAAAUUCUCAUUUUAGAUGAAUGUACAAGUGCUUUAGAUCCACUUUGUGCUUUGUCUAUUCAAGAAAUUAUAAAAAAUAUUACUAAUAUUACUGUUAUUAUUAUAACACAUUCUAAAGAGAUGAUGAAACUAGCAGAUAGAAUUAUAUUAUUAAAAAAUGGGCAAAUUAUUGAAACUGGUACUUAUGAUGAGCUAAUAGAUUUAAAAAAAAAUUUCUGGACAUUAAUACAAAAAGGAGAAUGGACAUAA